AGUAAACAAAUCAGGGUUAUCAGCUGAAACUAAAACCUUCGAUAAACUUCUAUUUUGUGCGUUAGUAAUGAAAAAUUCUCACAAGAUGAAAUUAUAUGUGCAUUUUCUCCUUAUGUUUGUUUUAUUUUGUAUGGCCGAACGGCCAAAAAAUUGUACAAAACCUGGCUUGUUUUGCGAAACCUGUUCCAUCCUAACCGCCUGUGUUCAAAACGAUGACGAAACCUGGACCAAAGACACUGUUGCGACUUGUACAUCACCUAAAAGAUGCGUCCGGGGAGAAUGUACGACUGAUUUUGAUGUUUUUUGUUCCGGRCUUGCUGAUUUGAAUUUUCCGUGUCGAAAAGUGGGGAUUUUUCCUCAUCCUUUCUAUUGCAAUAAAUUCGUUUUGUGUGUGAAAGGCAGCUAUAAUAAUAUGCAAGCUUAUCUCAACGAAUGUGAACAAGGAUUCGGUUUUAACAGCAGGACGGAUAUUUGCGAUGUUCCACUUGAAGAUGGGUUGUGUCCAGAAGGGGUGUUUCCGGUACCGGUUUGUAACACUUGGGGCCAAAGUGAGGCUUUACCGGAAAAUCCGGCAAAAUACUAUGUGUGUGAGGAGUACAGCAGUUCGAAUAAAAAGCUUUAUCCUGUCAUUAAUGUGUGUCCUCCGGGGGAAAUUUACGAUGAUUUUCAAUGUAGUAAGGGAUUUUCAACUUCAACUUCAACUACAACUACAACUCUAACUUGAACUUCUCCUUCGAGAAGUUUUGAGGCUUACACCCUUCAGGAGUUAAAUUACAGUUUAUUGUAAGUAAGCUUUGGGUGUGUUUGAAUUGGGUUUUAGGAUUACAACUAAUAAAAAUAUAAAAAUAAACUGUAAUUAGAUAGACUCACUUUUUUAAGUAAAUGAAAUUAAAUUUGAAUAAUUUCUUUA